ACGGAAGGCGAUGCUUGAAGGCUGGAUGUCGUGGCCGUGUCAUGUUUGAGUAUUCCGAUGCACAACUAUAUACCCAGCUGAGGUAUUAUUCGCACUUGUUCGAUGUGGACAAGGCGAUAAGAUCGGCCGCGAGUGGAAAGAGACAAGACGAUAUCAUGGCCUUGGGGAGUUUACAGAGUGAGCUUCUGCGCCGAAUGUCUCGGACGGUGGAGAAGUAUCUGGACCGGAACGGGCGCAGAUGGGUUGACAUGGGAAGCUUGUUCUCUUUCAUGAAGCUUGCAUGACGCGUUGUGAGCACCACCGAGUGCGGGUAUCGUGCAAGUGCAUAGUCAGAUAGUGUUGUAUUCUUUAUUAAGGUUGACAUCGUUCACAAGUGUUUCAAAGCUUGAAGCAGCAUGGCGCGGGUUUCCGAAUUUCUCUGUUCUCUUGGGUUCAGCGGAUCGGUGGAGGAAGUAAUUUAUGCGUAUGCAGUCUCUCGCUGUGGUACUUAGCUCCUGUAGUCGCCGUUGAUCCUGACAUACUCGUAGCUGAAGUCGCACGUCCAGUACUUGGCGCUCUCGCUCCCAAGCCCGAGCUCGACACGCACCUCGAGGUCCUCGAGGCUCACGAUCUCCUUCGCGCGGACCUCGUCGACCUUCUCGGGCUCGCCAUUGACUAGGAGGGCGAGGGGCGAGGAGCCAUCGGUGGGGAUGAAGGAGACGCUGACGCGCGUGGGGUCGAGGGGCGUCGAGAGCGGGAUGGAGCCGGUUGCGGCGAGGAUGCGGCCCCAGUUUGCGUCUUCGCCGUAGAGCGCAGUCUUGACAAGCGCGGAGGUGGAGAUCCGCGCUGCUAUCUUGUGAGCGUCUUCGUACGUCGUCGCGCCUUCGUUGCGCCCUCUCCAUCCCGCACGACUAGCUGCGCCAGAUCCUGCGCGAAGCUCGUGAGCUCGUCCCGGAACGCCUCGUAUCCCGCACGAUCGCGCUCCUCAUCGAUCUCCUCGACCGCGGCGCCCUCCUCACCUGCCGCAGCGCCGUUCGCGAACGCGACGAUCGUGUCGUUCGUCGACAUGUCGCCGUCGACGCUGAUCGAGUUGAAGCUGCG